ACUUCGCGAACCGCCUCAAGUUUCCAUUUUGGCCUAAAAUCACUAAAGAGCAAGGCGGCGAGCUCUACUCAUCUCCAUUCAACUGAUCUCUGCUUCCUCGCCCCCAUUGUUCAUUCAUCAUGGCGGCCCUUUUCGAGCAGCCCCGCAACAGCGGAACUCUCUUUUUAGGAGGUCAGAAGAUUAGCGGAGCAGACGUCCGGGACCAGAACGUUCUGGCCACACAAGCCAUUGCAAAUGUGAUCAAGACAUCGUUUGGUCCCUCGGGACUGGACAAGAUGAUGGUGGACGACAUUGGUGAUGUUACCGUGACGAAUGAUGGAGCUACGAUAUUGACUUUGCUGGACGUUGAACAUCCCGCCGGCAAGAUAUUAGUCGACCUGGCACAGCAGCAAGAUCAGGAGGUUGGUGACGGCACCACCUCUGUUGUCCUAAUCGCCUCCGAGCUUCUCCGCCGCGGCAACGAGCUGAUGAAGAACCGUAUCCACCCGACGACCAUCAUCACCGGCUACCGUCUCGCCCUACGAGAAGCAGUAAAAUACAUGCAAGAAAAUGUUGCCACCAAGGUCGAGAACCUGGGCCGCGAAUCCCUCAUCUCCAUUGCCAAGACAUCCAUGUCGUCGAAGAUCAUUGGCGCCGACAGCGAUUUCUUCUCCAACAUGGUCGUCGAUGCCAUCCAAUCCGUCAAGUCCGCCAACAACCGGAACGAAAUCAAAUACCCCGUCAAAGCCGUCAACCUGCUCAAGGCUCACGGCAAGAGCGCCACUGAAUCCGUUCUCGUCCGUGGAUACGCCCUUAACUGCACCGUGGCCUCGCAGGCCAUGAAGACCCGCAUUACCGACGCAAAAAUUGCCUGUCUGGACAUGAAUUUACAAAAAGAGCGCAUGAAGUUGGGCGUGCAAAUCACUGUCGAAGACCCGCAGCAGCUUGAGCAGAUUCGGGAACGCGAGGCCGGCAUCGUCCUCGAGCGAGUCGACUUGAUUCUCAAGAGCGGUGCUAAUGUCGUCCUCACGACCAAAGGCAUCGACGACAUGGUACUCAAGGCCUUUGUCGAGCGUGGCGCCAUGGCUGUGCGCCGCUGCAAAAAGGAAGACCUCCGACGUAUUGCCAAGUCCACGGGCGCCACUCUCGUCAGUACUCUGUCCGAUCUGAACGGCGACGAGCGCUUCGAGCCCUCGCUUCUCGGCCACGCAGAGGAAGUUGUGCAAGAGAAGAUUUCCGACGACGAAUGUAUUCUUGUCAAGGGCACCAAGGUGCAUACCUCGGCAUCCAUCAUCCUCCGCGGUUCCAACGAAUACCAACUCGACGAAAUGGAGCGGUCUGUGCACGACUCCCUAUGCGCCGUCAAGCGGACCCUCGAAAGCGGCAGCAUUGUUCCUGGCGGAGGAGCCGUCGAGACAGCUCUGCACAUUUACCUCGAGGAGUUUGCCGGCACGGUCGGCUCGCGCGAGCAAUUGGCCAUUGGCGCCUUUGCGCAGUCUCUGCUGGUUAUCCCCAAGACGCUGGCCGUCAACGCCGCCAAGGACUCGUCAGAGCUCGUUGCCCAGCUGCGUUCCCGCCAUGCCUUGUCUCAGCGCACGCAAGAGGGCGAUGCAUCGCAGGACGAAAAGACGAUUGCCAAGAAGAAGAAUUACAAGAACUAUGGACUCGAUCUCGCCAAGGGCAAGGUCGUCGAUGAGCUCAAGGCCGGCGUGCUUGAGCCUAGCAUGUCCAAGGUCAAGCAACUGAAGAGUGCGGUCGAGGCUUGCAUUGCCAUUAUGCGGAUAGAUACCUUGAUCAAGCUCGAUCCAGAGCAGCGAGCAGAAGACGACGGUCAUGGUCAUUAAACGGUGUGGCAGUAAAGGGCCGAGAUUAGCAUGUUGUUGUAGCAAUAGUGGAUCGGACGAACAAAAAAAACCUUUCUUCAAUGCUCUUGACGUGGUAGAGCACUUGCAUGAAUUGUCGCCAUAGAUUUAAAUUUUUCGUUUAUAUUGGCCUUGCAAAUUUUAUCUUCAAUUCAAGGUAUCUUAUUUUCUAUCCACGUAGUUCUCGAUCCAAGUGUCUCAAAUAUAUCUCUGGAUCCAGCCCAAACCAAAUUUCCAACCACACAAA